AUGUUGCGUUUCUCCCACCCUGUUACACGGGCCCUUAGAAACUCCCAUAGGGGCCCCCGCAUGGGGUUUAGGCGGGUCCGUCUGGGAUCUUUUGCUGGGAGAAACUUCAGCAGCAGCGGGGGCGCAUUAUCAGCAAGUGCACCAGCUGCAGCCGCAACAACAGAGCAAGAAGGCUCGCCUCAAGGCCGCCUUACGGGCAAGGAGGACUGCACUGUAUUUGGCAGUCAUGGGAAGCAGUUGCACUGGAAAGCAACACCACCACCAGCAGCAGCACUACGAUGCAGCAGCAGAGGUGUCUAUACGGCGCGGCACCGCCCUCCGCGCGUGGCUCCCUUCCGCGGGGGUCCCAGCGUCUUCGAAUUUUCAAAGGCGGCCUCAGAGGGUCUACUGCCGAACACGUUUGUAUCCCCUGGUGCAGUACCAGCAACAACCGCAUCAACUGCAGAUCCAGCCGCUCCAGGGGUACCAGCUGCAGCAGCAGCCGCUGGCGCUGCAGCACGGGAUGAAGAGCGGAGAACCAGCAAUACCGCGUAUGCCUUAUCGUCUCAACUGAUUGGCAGGGGAGUGCCCCUUGUAGGAUUGUACAAGAGGAAGCUGAGAGUAUCUGCAGUGAAUGCUGGGAAGCAGCAGGAGGGAGAGCAGCAGAAACAACAGCAACACCAGCCAAGGCAGCCGAUGCACGGGAAUGCAACACGCAGUUCGGGUGUCUCGCUGGGUGUCCCCUCCCCUAAGGAAACAAACGGUCGUACUGCUGAUGAUGCUGCUGCUGUCGAGAUGUUGCAGGCAACGUGGAGACUGAUGCGGCGGGCAGCGCAACAGCAACGACAGGUGCUGCCGUACAGAGUAGCAGCAAACAUCUCGCUGCUGUUAAAAGACACCGCUGCUGCCCUGCAACAGGCAGAAGAAUUCGCUGCAUCCAAAGAGCCGAACCAAGUAGUAGCAACAUCAGCUCCGACAGCAACAGCAACAGCAGCACGAAUAGCAGCUGCAGCAACAGAGACCACAGAGGCAGCGGGCCCCAAUGAGUCGCUUCUGCGCCUCUGCCUGAACGUGUUGGCCUUUGGCGCUACUUACUUAGAGAGACAAAUCAAGGAACUUGGGGAAGCAGCACCUGCCGCUGCUGCUCCUGCAGGCGCAGAACUCUGCAUAGAGCACUUGUCUCUGCAGCCGGUACUGCAGCAGCCACGUCAGCAGCGCAACAGAGGUCGCAGCAGCUCCAGCAGCGUCGGCAACAUCAGCGACAGAAACAGUCAGGCCCAGCCUCUUUAUAUGCCCCCUGCGCUGCUGCUGCAGACAGCGGCGGUCGUUGUAGGGUGGCUACAGCAGCAGCAACAGAGUCUAGCGGCAGGAGGCUCGCGCUUGGAGGUGCUGCAGCCCACGGAGGCAGCUGCUGCCCUGCGGUCUCUUUUCCUUCUGCUCUGUCACUACGCCCCCCUACAGCAUCUCCGGCCUGCAGCAUCUGCUGCUGCGAUUCCAGUGUUUAUCCACCUCUUGCACCAGCAACACGCGCUGCAGUGGCCGGCUGCCUUGAGCACUUACAGGGCACUGCUGCUUUCCGAACGAGCCGUUCGCUUGCAGCAGCCGCAGGAGGCUUUUGCUGCUCCAGGUUCUACUCUACGACGAGGUGAGCAGCAACAGCAGCAGCAGAAGCAGCGGCGCGAGCAACACCAGCCAGCUUCAGGGCAACUUCCCAGCGUGGGACCCAUCUCUUCUUACUGGGAUGGCUACGGCGCCCAACUUGGAACCCCUUCUCUUCUUGAGUUGUAUGCACACCUCGAUUGUGCACUAUUGGCAUUUCUCAGCAAAAGAGCCCUUAUUCCUGUUCAAGAGGGAGGCUGGACAGCUCAACCGCAACUGUGGCGGGAGCGGCUGCCGAAAGAGCAGCAGCAGCAGCAGCAGCAGCAGCAGCAGCAGCUGGCAGAGGGGAAUGAGCCGGGCCCUGUGUUUUCAGUCGCGCCUUUGGAAUGUGCGCAGCUGCUGUUGCGGCCUUCUGCUUGCCCUGCCGUACGGCUGGCGGUCGGCGGCGAGCUGCUGCAGUUGCUGUUACUGCUGCAGCGUGACCCAAGUGCUUACAUGCAGCAGCUGCUUCUACGACGCGGAGAGGGCGAGCCUUUGCUGCUACGGGAGACAUCAGCACUGUCUACCAUUGCAGCUGCCGCCCGCAGCGUCCUUUCGUGGACUGGCCUAGCCUAUCAGUCCACCGGCAGAAGUAGCGGCGGCGGCAGCGGCAGCAGCGGCGGCAGCCGCAGCGGUAGCAUGGCACCACAGCAUCAGGUAGAGCUUUCCUGCUUGCGGCGGGAUUUGCUGCAAGCAGCGCGCGGAGGUUUACUAUCUCUGUUGCUGUCUUCUUCGUAUCGUCGUGCUGUCACUCUGCCGUCGGAUGGAAUGUAUGGGCAGUACCAGCAACAACAGGAGCGGCUGCUGCUUCAUCGGCUGCAAGCUUUGGCAGCGCUCUCUGAGGUGUAUGCUCACCCGGAGGUGUUCACCACACCCAUCGCAUCUGCUUUGUUGUGGGAGGCGCUGAUGCUGCUUCGAAUCUUUGCCCGCGAAGAGACAAAGACCGCGGGUCCUCGUCCCGCUGCUGCUGCUGGUGCUGUUGCUGGUCCUACUGCUGCUGAUCGGCAGCGACUAACGCCCGUACUUACUCCUUUGCUGAAGCUUGCAGACCGCCUGAGUUGCGUUCCGUCACUUUCUGGAGGCCAGUGGCCUAUGACAGCAGCAGCACCAACAGCAGCAACAGCAGCGGGAGCAGGAAUAGCAUAUGGGGAACCUGCACUGUUGCAGCAAGCAACGCGUUUCUUUGGAGGAUCGCCGGUCUUUCUAGUGGAACUGCUGCGGGAGAUAGCAGUGCAGCAGCAGGAAUGGUUAGUGAAGGAGGUGUCUCUGUGGGGAGCACUUCCGCAGCUGCAACAGCAGCAGCAGCAGCAACAGCAACAGCAAGCCCAGCAACCCCACCGGAAGCAUCAGCAAACUCUGCAGCCGCUGUCACUCCUGCAUGCACCCAAACAGCUGUCCGCUGUAGUAGCUGGCAUUGGUUGCAUCACAUCGUCUUUGUUGAAGGCAAUUUGGGGGUACGAAGGAGGCGCAGCAGCUCUGGUGUACCUGCAGCUGCAGCGGGCACACAGUUGCUUGUCUGCACUCCACGCAGACCCAGCCUUCUUGCCAUCCCUUCUCAGCAUGCGCUUGCACUGGCAACAACAGCAGCAGCAACAUCAGCAACAGCACAUUGCCGACACGCGACAUGGGUGCCUCACGGACGCUUGGACUUUGAUGAGCCGCACAGACUAUGCCUUCGGUUUAUGGCUGAAACGGCAGCAGCAGCAAGCACUGCUGCACAGCAUGCACGAGCAGCAGCACCACACUUUUGCUGCAGCUGCUACUUUUUGGCAUCAUUCUGCACCCAAUAUAUCGCAUGACACGUCAACAGUCGGCGUACAUCAGCGGCAACAGCAGCAGGUGACGCAUCCGGACCAGCUGCGGCUUCAACAUCAACUGGCAGCAGCACGCAGCGGAUGUGGAUGGGAGGAACAAAGCAGCAGCAGCAACAGUUGCAGCAGAAGUUACACCAUCAGCCCCGACAGCAUGCUGUGGGAAUCGUCUUUGCUGCAGGAGAGCGCCACUCUAUUGGCUUCCGCCACCCCCUUAGCGGCGCUGGCUUGGCAUUCACUCGGCACCCAGCAACAAGUGCAGCCACAAGAGCAGCAGCAACCGAAGCACCAACAGCAGGAGCUGCAGCAGCGGCAGGAACUUGUGCUUCCUUUGGGUACGGUUCUAAGGGCUGUGAAGAAGCAGAUUGCUCAACACAGCGCUGCUCUGCAUGCAGAGGCGCCGUUCCUGCAGGUGCAACGGCAAACGGAUGAGCAACUCAUGCAGUUGCUGCAGCAGCACCUGCAGCAGCUCCAGCACCAACUGCAACGGAUGCGACAGCAGCAAAUUGGAGCGGGAGUUCUCGCAGAUACCAUACCAUACACACACAGGGAGCAGCAGCAGCGGAAGCUUCAGCAGGAGCCUACUGCUACUGCUGCCGCUCUGAGAAUUCAGCGGCUGAUGCAUGAAUGCGCCUGCGCAGACAUAUCACCCCCACAAGCCCCUGAAGAACUUUUGUCUCUGCUUCAGGACGUGUACUGUAUGCUUCAGUCAGCACAAACUGGUCUGGAGCAACGAAUUGCGGCAGGAGCCUGUAGUACUCCGGAGCGCCCCAGUGCAACCGCAGUUGAAGCCUUGACAGCUGCCGCAGCAAGCACAACGGCAGCAUCUUUAGGCGCGGCAGGAAGUCUGCCUACAAGCACGCAAAGCUGCGUCGGCCAGCCAGCUGAAUCUGCACGAAUUGCUGCUUCAGGCAGCGGCAACACCAAUAGUCUCAGCAACAACGACAGCCUCUCAACCGUGAUUCCCUUAGGCAUGCAGAUACGCAUCGGAUGCUGCGUUAUUGCUGGGCCUCCGGCCGACCCACCAGUCGAACUACUGCAGCUAUUAGCUCUGUUCGUGAGCCCUUUGUGGCUGCUUCGGGUUCUUCCUGGUCUUGCUGGUGUUGCAGCCCUGUUGCACUCUUGCAGCCCCAUCCGGGACAGCAACGCGCAGCAUUUCAGCCACCUGCAGCAGCGCGUGAACCUGAUGCUGCAGCUACGAAAGCUACACCAACAGCAGCAGCGACUGUCGCAGGCGCUGAAACGGGUCUUGCAGCUGCAGCAACGGCGGAUUACCCAGCAGCAUGCUGUCGUGAGUUCCUUGCGUGCAGCAGCUGAACAGCGACACCUGCAGCAGCGACAGCAGCAGCUUCCAGGGGAGCAGCACUUCAGGACGAAGCAGCAAGAACGCCAACAAGCCAGAUGGGAGCGCCUGGUGCAGCGACGGGUGCAGCAGCAGGAAGUGGAGGCUGAGUCGAAUAAGAACAGGCUGGUUGUCCUCUCAAGUGCAAGUGCCGCUCUUGCCUUUUCGCACGAGCACUUCAAGCAGUCGGUAGUGCGUCAGCUGCUGCUGCCUCAGCUGCUGCAGCAGGACCGGUUGCUCCGUCGCAUUGAGAAGCUGCUCCAGCGCUGCCGCCGAUUAAACUUUCUCCGCCGCCAGAUGAAGAAAACGAGCAGCAGCAGCAACAGCAGCAUAGGACAAGAGGUGCCAUUUCAGCGGCAGGAGCAGCAGCAGGACGAGCACCAGGAGCCGUUGCGGGGGGAAGUGAUGACUUCUUUGGCGUUUGCCAUUGAUGAGCUGCAUGCAGUUUUGGGAGACGCAUUGGAAUACCGCCGGCUGGACAUGCAGCAUUCCGUUGCUCUCGAGAAAUUGCAUGCUGUGAAAGAGCAGCAGCAGCAGCACCAACGCCGUCGCGGAGACGCCUUCGCUGAUUGGGCCCACACAGCCCUGUGCAGCUGCAGCAGCAGCCUGUUGCAAGCAGCGGCAGACCUUAAGAGGCCUCCAAGUGUUAAGUGGAUUAUUCACACGUGGCGGGCGCUUCUCAUAGAAGAUGCGUUGCGUGUUAGCCAGCGGCAGUCAAGGCAACAAGAGAAGCAACGUGAGGAGUUGCAGCAACAGCUGUUUGCUGCCCUAGCGCUGCGGAUUCGCAAUCAAACAGCAGCCGGGCAGCAGCCGCUGGACGUGGCUGAGCUCUUGAGUGCGGAUUGCCCCCUGCCCCCCCGCGUGUCUGCUGCCUUAUUUUCGCUGCUGUACCGUCACAGUCUGCCGCUGCUGCUGCACCCGCAGCAGCAGCUGCUGCUCCUUUUCUCUGCUUUCCGGGCCGAGCAAGAGCAACACUGGUGUGGGACUGCUGCUCAGGCCGGGGCUGCCCUUGCGGGGAUGGCACCCGGCGUACUCCAGGGGGCACGGCGCCGAGUUGACGAGCGGCUGCUGUCGUUGUUGCUUCCGCACGUCGAGCGCUUUGCCAGUGGCGACCCAAUAGCAGCAGAAGAAGCAGGAACUGCAACAACAGUAGCAUUGAGAACGGGAUCGACAACAAUGGGCGGAUCACCCUGGCCAGCUGAAUGGCUGCAGCAAGGCGAGGAACUGCCCAGCGUCUUCGCCUACACGUCCCAAGUGGCGGUGUUUGCUGCGGCUGCAGUUGCGGCAGUCCCCAGUCCGCUGUUGCCUCAAGAGGUUACUGACCUCUGGCAACAGCAUCGCCAAAAGCUAGUUCAGGAGCGACUAGAUGGCACAGGAGCCGCACCUGCAGCUCCUAAAAGGGGCUUAAGCCACACCUUCUCUACAGCAGAGCUUCAGCAACGUAUUGGGAGUGUGCUGCAGCAAAUAAAUGCUUCAUUGUUGCUGCAGCAAGACACAUGGUGCCGUCUGCGGCGAGUUUUGCACCAUGAGGCUCAGCAGCAGCAGCGACUACAGCAACAACUUGGGGUAGUGCGACAGAAGGACUCCGCUACAGCCUCGCAUGCAGCAGCGGAUUCACUGCACCAUCAAGCUUUUGCCGCAGCGGAGAGUUUGCCAACUGGAGUAGUACAACAGCAAACAGCCGGCAAGCUGCAUUUGCUGCAGCCGUCGCUGCAUGUCUUGCAGCAGUGCAGCCGCCUUGCUCUUGCAUUCUGCAGCUGGGGUCAGUUUGAGUGCCUCGCUCUACCGCUGUUGCUCCAGGUUGCAGCUGCUGCUGUGCAUGCUCUACGCCCCCUUGCUCCUGUCUGGCUCCAGCAGCAGCAGCAAGCUCUGCAGCAUGCUGCCGCACUAGAAAACCUCCAUCCGCCGCUGCUGGUGCUACAACAGCAGCAGCUAUCCCGGGCCCGCGCGGCGAUUGAAGAAGCAACGGGCGACUUGGGGAUUACUGUGUCCUUACUGCAGUGUCUCUGCCCCCAGAUUCUGCGUGGGCUUAUGCAUGCCACUGACUUGCAACGGCUUCUGAAUGACUGCGAUGCUCUUUUAGACGCAGCAGCGGCGGCAAGGAGGCACAUACCGCUCUCGCACCCAUCUGCUGCUGCUACAGAGAAAGUAGCGGAGGUUGACAGUGUCCGAGGAGUUGCAGCGCACCCAACAAGGGCAGCAUCAGGUGCAGCAAAAGCCAACGAUGCAGGUGCAGCAGCAGGUGCAAAUUCUCUCGGAAUCGAUGCGAAAACAGCAUUUUCAGGAGCGGCAGAUGCUCUUGAAUAUUGUACACCAACAGCAGCGGAAACAACGGAAGCAACAGGAGCCGUUGAAGAGUUGCACGAUGCAGCAACCGCGAAGCCCAGCACCAAAGGCGGUUGGGACUGGCAUUUGCUGGAGACCGAAGUAGCGAGUAUCCUCCGUGAGCUGAUCCCUGCAGCUGAGGGGUCUCCAGCUAAGGCAGCGCAUCUAAGGGUAUGCGGUCUCGCUUGCACCCGCACUCAGCAUCACGACGUGGAGCCGUCGCCGCUGCAGCAGCUGCUACAGCCGCUGCAGCUGCAGCGGCAGGGGAAGCCGUUGCUGUUGGCGUUUAUAUUCCCAGCUGAUACUUGGGGCCGCAGGCAGGGGAUUUUGUUGCCAAAGAAGCUGCUUCAGUUGUUCCUUUUGCGACGUCUUGGUUGGGAGGUGCGGCUUGUUAACCUCUCGGACUGUCGUGACAAAAGCCCUCUGGAGCUGCAACGGCUCCUUGUGGCUGAACUGAAUGCCGGCCGCACACAGACAUCCCUCUGGAGCCUUCACCCGCUGCAGGGGGAAGGUGUUUCAACCGAGAGGCUGUCGGAGGCGGAGGACUGGCCCAGUUGA